UGAGAGCGCAGGGAGGGACCGGGACAGGAGUCCGGUUAAGCAUUAACGAGGAGUGCAUUGCCCGUUCGGAGUUCCUCCUCCCCGUGUCUGCUCACCUUGGGGGACCGCCUUCAAACCCUGCCCCUCGGCCCACGCGUGUGGAGUAGCCAAGGGGGCGUUGAGCAUCAAUAUAGAGCUUUACCUCCACCGCCAAUUUGCCACCUGCCAAAGGAAGAGAGAGAGACGAGCAUUCGUAAGCAGUCACACCUGCAACAGGCACUAAUCCAUGAGUCUCCGUCAAGCCUGGUCCUUAGAGUAAUACGUGCUUAGGUAUCUCUGUAUAUAUAUUUAAUACAAGCGGAAGCAGUAUAAGUACAUCGAUCCUCCACCAUUCGCCCACACCGUCUAUAUGUACACGGGCACGCACGCGUAGGGCCCCUUGUAUAAUGCGUCUGUCGGGGAGCGUUCUGGGCAUGGAGAUGGCCGACUACUGCGAGUCCCUGGACCCGGCGUACACCGCGCUGGAGUUUGACAGCGUGCACAUGCUGCCCCCCGCCACCAGCCAUGGAGACAUGACCCCCGUGGACCCCGGCAGCAUAGCUGGCGCGGCAAACGGGGGCGACGCGCCGGGCGGCUUGGCUAGCGGCGGCGGCACCAUGUCGUUCUGCGCCAUCUGCGGGGACCGCGCCACGGGCAAGCACUACGGCGCCUCCAGCUGCGACGGCUGCAAGGGGUUCUUCCGCCGCAGCAUCCGCAAAAACCACAUGUACUCCUGCAGGUACAGCCGGCAGUGCGUGGUGGACAAGGACAAGCGGAACCAGUGCCGGUACUGCCGCCUGAAAAAGUGCUUCCGUGCUGGCAUGAAAAAAGAAGCAGUACAAAACGAGCGUGACAGGAUCAGCACUCGGCGGAACAGCCAGGACGACGCCACGUCGCCCUCCAUCAACACGUUCGUGCAGGCCGAGUCACUCUCUCGACAGUUCAUGCCCCCGAUGGUCGGGGGCUCCGGCGACCUGAGCCUGAAGCAGGUGGCUAGCAUCCAGGACAUCUGCGAGUCCAUCAAGCAGCAGCUGCUGGUGCUCGUCGAGUGGGCCAAGUACCUGCCCGUGUUCUGCGAGCUGCUGCUGGACGACCAGGUGGCACUGCUGAGGGCCCACGCGGGAGAGCAUCUCCUGCUGGGCGUGGCCAAGCGCUCCAUGACCUACAAGGACGUCCUGCUGCUGGGCGAUGGGCACAUCCUGGCUCGUUCAUGCCCGGAGGCAGACGUGGGCCGCGUGGCGUGCCGUGUCCUGGAUGAGCUCGUGGUGCCCUUCCAGGAACUGCAGAUCGACGACAACGAGUUCGCUUGCCUCAAGGCUGUGGUGUUCUUCGACCCUGACGCCAAGGGCCUCCGCGACCCCGAGCGGAUCCGCAACGUGCGCUUCCAGGCGCAGCUGAGCCUGGAAGACUACGUGACGGACCGGCAGUACGAGUCGCGCGGGCGCUUUGGCCAGCUGCUGCUGCUGCUGCCCACGCUGCAGAGCCUCGCGUGGCAGAUGAUCGAGCAGAUCCAGCUGGCGCGGCUCCUCAGCGUCGUGCGCGUCGACAGCUUGCUGCAGGAGAUGCUGCUCGGAGGGGCGGCGAACGAGCUGCAGCACCCGCACGUGCAGCACCCCUCCUCCCACCUGAACCCCGAGCACAUGGGCGGCCAGGUCAUCAUGAGCACCACGCUGCCGCACGGCCUCAUGCCCAACGGCCAAGUCUGUGAGUGGACGUCGUCGCCGGAGACGCCGCACCCCUCGCCGCCGUCGUCGGUGCCUCCGCCGGGCACGAGGGCCGGCGCGGAGCAGUUCCGCCACCUGCACACGAUGGGGGGCAGCCCCGUGACCCCCAGCGCAGCGCACGUCUUCAGCCACGGCAGCGGCCUCAAGCGAGAAGCCCUCAGCUAAGAGAAAGCCCCUCACUGGGCCGAGUGGGCAGGGUGCACGCUCUCGCCCGCACGCCCGUUCGUGUGGGUGUCUGCGAGCGAGAGAAGUUUACGAGCACGGUCGAGUGCAGUUCCCACUGUGAUGACGAGACGUUACCCAACGCCCGACUGCAACUUUGGUACCGUUUUCGUCAAACUUUGUUUUAUUUUUUUUAUUCCUGUAUUGAAAUAUAAAAUGGGUAAUUUGCGUCGUCUUGCUGUGUCAUGAGCGUGUUUAGGCAAUCAGGAUGCCGACUCUGACGGUGGUUUUGGGCCGUGUGUGUAAGUUCCACAGGACAGACAACAAUUUCACAAGUGGUUCGUUCUCGCCCGGUAGGUGCUCAUUUUACUGACCUUGGAGUAAUGAUGAUGAUUGGUUGAGUUAGCCCUGGUUGGGCUUUUAAACUCGUCUUCGCAUGAUUGGGAAUCCAGCUGCUUCAAACUGACCCGCAUCCUGGUCGUGCCUCUCAUAGCCUUAAAUAAAUUCAGUAACGUGGUACGAAUGAUCAAACCUAAUCUUCAUGUUUUGUAUCAAUAUUUUUAAUGCCUGAAACUGUGAUACUCAGGUACAGUAAAAUAUAAACUUACGCACACACAAAAAAAACGAAACAUUACAACGCUAAAGCAAAAUCAACACAUUUUAAAGUUUUUUUUAAGUUAUUCUUCUGGCUGGCAUUACAACGCAGACGCUGAAGAGUGGAAUAGAAUGUUGUUGUCUUUGUUUCUACAGCAGAAGGAACAGCAGCUAAGUGGAGAUAUACGUUUUCGGCGGUUUGGGAGACGAGACACCCGUGAUUAAUAUCUCGCACGAGGAUACUGCCAGCUUGGAGCGUUCGCGAAAGCCAUUGUACCUUUACUUGAACCGAGGUGGCAAGGGCCCAGAAAGCACGUGACCUCGGGGGGCCAAUGUUGGAGCGUGGUUAGCACCCGUUGGCCCAAGGGGUUGGGUUCCAAUUUGGCCCAACGUUCCACAUUUGAUGGGCAGGUGUGAGAGCUGCAGUGGCUGCAUUGGUGUAAUUGCCUCUCUUAAUCGAGUAUGUGAAUCGUAGUUAAGAGAAUUACAAAUUGUAUUAGAAAAUUGUAGUUUUUAUUUCGUGCUAUUACAAUCGUCUGCCAUUUCAUUUUCCAUUAUUGCCGUCGCGUAUUUUGAUGUAAUUUUUUUUAUAUACAUACCGUGUGUGCAUAAAUGUCGAGUAGCGUGGAUUUAUUGAAUGCCACUACGUUUUCUGUCUUGGUUUGUGUUUUAAUUUUAUUUUUUAAAGCUUUGUUUUACAAAGUUGGGAUUCACCAUCAAGAGGAUCAUUUCAUGACUUGUGUGCGUUGCAAGCUUGAAGAGAGGAAUGUGAAGCGGCGAUGUACAAGUCCCUGAAGUGACGUAGAAUGAGCGGUGCUAUAACAAGGACUAAAUGUUCAGUUAAAAGUACAAUAUUUUUUAACAAGGAUUACCAAACCUAACAACAAUAGAAUAACUCUGGGUUGCUUUUUUAUAUUUUUGCAACACUUUUUUUGGAUAGGUAAAUGUCUGCGUUGAACUUCUUUUGCACCGUACGCAGCCAAACACGCUGUGAUGGGAAGUGCGGGAGAUGGACAACAAAACCAAACACAAAAAUUCGUUCCAAACAAAUGAGUUUUCAAUCUAGAUGAUUUAAAAGUGCAUAGCUACAGUGGCUUCCUAAUAUCGGAAGGAAGAGCGUUCCAGACGGCCGCAGAAGCACAUUCGAAAUGGUAGAAGUCAUCAAGAGCCAGAGAAGUCUGUAAAGAUCCAUACUCGCCAGACCUGCCCUCCAGUGACUUCGACACGUGCCCACAGUGAAGAAAAAACUUGCGGAGAAAUUCAUUUUUCCCAGUGGCAAGGAAGUGAUUUGAGGAGCAAUGCUUAAGAGUUCUCACAAAAGGGGAUUAAAUCCUUCAAACGUGCACGGACCAAGCAAGCGCAAUGUAGAAACAUAACAUCGUGAAAUCAAGGUCAGCCUUUGCUUUUGUCAGGCCACAGACUUAUCGAAGAACCUCCCAGCAGCGGCAUUGCUCAGUGUUGCCCCUGCCACGUGUGGCCGCAUCUCGAGUGGCCCGUUGCCACAGCGAGCACUGCUCACCUCUACGCCUGGGUGCUCCCAUAAGGGGGCAGGCCGUCACCGCUGAGGGUGGAACGGAAAAUCCCAUACAAAAUGUUAUUAUGUGAAGCGAUGUACAUUGAACCAAAUGAUGGAUAGGGGUUUAGACGUAAUAAUUUCGGGACGCAGAGAUUUUUAGAUGGGAAUAUAGGAUAGGAAAUGUUUGUGUGUAACAGAAGGAAAAGAUUGAAAAGGCAUUAAACUGUUUUUAAUAUAUAUACAUAAAUUGUCUUGUGUUUUCAAUCAGAACAUUGCAAGUAGUUUAUUUAAACCGAACCACUUGUUCGAUGAAAUGAAACCGGCUGGUUAAUUGCAAAAUCCUGCGUUUAAAAAACAAAAGAGAUUCACGCAGAACGUUUGGAAUUAUCGGGUUUAUUUAUAAUGUGGAGUUGUUAUAAAAGGGGUGGUUGAAAAAUGUUUUGGGAAUGUGACAUCAAACAAAUGUCAUCUCACAAUCAGCAUGGUACCUGUGGAUUAUUUUACCCUCUCACGAACCGCGUCCGUCGUGGCAGGCUGCUGUGAUAUUUGCAACUGCUGGGAAAUAACAAUGACACUUAAAAACACACACACAUUUGCGGCCUUUUGAUUCCUAAAAUCGCAUUAAAUCAAAAGCAAUUGUUUUAGGUUUUGUUGCCAAUAAUUUAGAGACGAGAGGACUAAAGCCUCGAUCUACAUUCCUGCAACUCGUGGAACCACACGUGCCAUGGUGUGGAGCGUUGCUCUAUUAAAGAAAUACAUUAACAAAUGUGGCCCUUUUACCGAUCCCAUUCCUAAAACAUUGGUCUCACGCCCUUAACCAUAAGACCAUGUACUGUGUUAUACUGGGCGUAGGGUGUUAAUCUGUACACACUUUGCAUGGCUCGUCUCCAGCGAAACCAAGCCUGAGUCAAUGUGAGAAAAAAAUGGUGUGCUUUCCUUACCUCUGUGUCUUACAUGCUGCGUUGUACGUAUGUGUGUGCAUACUUACGUACACACAGGAGGGGGAGCGGUGGCGCAUUGGUUAACGCUGCACUUUGCAACGAACCUGGCUAUCCAAGUUCGAUUCCGCUCGUGGCCAAUAUCCGUGGCAAAUAUCUGAAUCGGUCCUGUGCCUCCCCUAGGUCGACUUAGCCUUAAAUUACUACCUGGUGAGGGUGUGUAAAUGUCAGCAUUGGGGACAGAAAGGCGGCCGGUCAUGGUGCUGGCCACCCACCGUUUCGUGUGCCGUGUCGGUCUUAAUAGGUGCUCACUAACGGCACAUGCCCCAACAGUCUCAGGCUAUACGGGGGAUCUUUGUCUUUGCUCGUGUGUACAUGUCAUGUGCGUGCCCUAUGUGUACAUGCUGUGUGUUAUUCGUGCAUCAUCUGUCGCACCCAUGUCAUCCAUACGUGUACAGGCCAUGACGUGUGUGCCAUGUGUACAUGCUCUUUGUAUACUAAAUGUAGAAAACACGAAUGUCUCCUCUGUGCCUUAAGUGUACAUGCUAAUAAUGUGUGCACUCCGUACUCCGUGUGCAUGCAUGGCCUACACGUGCCUACGUGUACACACGUGUCUAAUGUGUACACGUUGCGUACACACGUCACCUUCCACAUGCAUCGAGACCACAAUGGGUCAUGUGAUGCCUAGCCUGCAACACGUUACGUGUGCACAAUGGAUUAUAUUUUUUAUGUUAACAUCUUUUUACGUUUGUUAUUUUUUCUAAACUGCUUAAGUUUGUUAAAUAACCAAUAAACCUUAGAUUAGUUAGCGCAAGCCAGUUUGUGUGAUGCAUUGGCUAAUUUCAUAGCCAGUGUAUCAAUGUGAUUCCUAAUUUUAAUGCAACGCGGGUGAUUAUUGAUGUCCUAAUGUGAAGAGCUAAAUCAGGGAUAUAUAUCUGAACGUACCUUCCUGUACAUAUUAGUGCAAAAAAUGUUACUAUUAUUGAUGCCAAAGGAGAAUGAAUUUUAUGUUCUCAUCCUGUACGUCUACGUAA